AUGAUUGCGAUCCAUGGUGCCAUUGCGAAGGAGUCGAUCGUAUCCUACCUUUUGGAUUGCGUUGAAAGGAACCCUGAAUCGGUCGGCAACAAUCUUGAGCAUCGAUCGCCGAAGAGACGCAAGUUGUCAGAUCGCUCGAUCGCAUUAGCACACAUUGCCAUGCCACUCCAACUAAAUGAUACCAGCUUACGAACCUUACACGAGUGUGCACCGUCCGGCAUCGAUACAGCAAACGACGACGACUUGGAAGUCUCGUGGAUAAGUGAGAAGAUGCACGUCGAUCAACAAGAGCUUGUGAGAAGCCGCAUGAUGUUACGCAAGGAAGGGAUGCUGCUAGCAGAAAACGACUCAAUGCGACCUGCAGAUGAUAUGGAUCAGUUAUCAACAUUGUCACGUGCAUGCAAAGCCAAAACUAUCCAAUGUGGAUCAUUACGUAUCACUUUUAACGACAAUGCUGUCAACUUGCAUAUGACGCUUUAUAUCCAUCUUCCCCAGAAAUCAAGUGUCGCGGCCAAUGCAUAUACCUUGCCUCUCGUCAAUCAGCUUUAUCCACCCAAUGUCACGCCUCCAUCCUAUGACACUGUGGAAGAAUUCUUUCGACACCUACAUCCACCAGUAUCAGAGAAAAAGAUCACCGCUUCUCAAUCACCAGAUUUAAUGCCUGUAUUGACACCUUUCCAAAGCCAAAACGUUGAAUGGAUGUUGAAUCGUGAAGGACACUAUUUCGUCAAUGAUACAGGUGUUAUCAAUCCAAUGCCAUCGAAUCCACAUGCAAUGCCAUUCUUUUGGGACAUCAUACACCCUGAUGGAUCUUCCAGUGAACCGCUCUAUGUCAAUCGUGUCAAUGGCCAAAUUCUCACCAGACGGGACGCUGCUUUCGAUCGUGCAACCCACCUCACACGACGUGGAGGCAUCUUGGCCGAUGAAAUGGGUCUAGGAAAGACUGUAUGUGUGAUUGCAUUGUUGCUUCUGCAUAAGCUUAAUGGACAUGAUCCAACACAUCCAAAGCAAGGAUCGGGUCUUCUCACUACUGGUGCAACGCUUAUUAUCACACCAUCCGCCAUCUUACAACAAUGGGAGUCCGAAUUGAAGUUACAUGCACCUUCGCUCAAAGUGACAACGUAUCGAGGAAUAAAGGCAUCCAAAGGAAAAGCCGAAUCACCUGAAAACUUAUCAAAGUUUGACGUGGUGUUGACUGACUAUAAGGUCCUUCAAGAAGAGAUCUAUCAUGCUCGUGUACCACCCGAUCGACCGAGAAGACAUGUAUUAGCUGCAAAGUAUCCGGUGCAACGUAGUCCUCUUGUCCAACUUUUGUGGUUUCGUGUUAUCAUUGAUGAGGCUCAAAUGGUGGAAGGAUCAGUGGGACUUAUGGUGGAAAUGGCAAUGUUGAUCCCUCGUUGGUAUUCUUGGGGCGUAUCAGGCACACCGAUCAAAUCCAACUUUGAUGAUCUCUUUGGGCUCUGUCGUUUUCUUUCAUUCACGCCUUAUCUUCAAAGCGUGAACCAAUUCCGAUCAUUGUAUCGCUCAUCAUCGUUGUUCAAGGCCUUCUUUUGGGAUUUCGCAAAACAAAUCAUGCGGAGGAACGUGAAAGCCAUGUUGACAAGCCAGAUCCAUAUCCCACAUCAGCAUCGACGCGUAGUGAAGGUUGCCUUUUCAUCCAUUGAACAACAUUAUUAUCAAAGCCUGUGGGAGCAAUGUAGCCAAAGCACCAACUUUGAUUUACUUGAUCACCGAGGAUGGAAGCCGUCAGAUGAAGAUCCAUCCGCGUCACCCGAAGUAUUCCAACAAGUCUAUAUAAAAUUACGCACUUGGCUUUUGACCUUACGGCAGGCAUGUGUACAUCCCACUAUCGGUAGCCAAAGUAAAAAUCGCAUCAUCAACCAAGCUGUACGCACGCUAGAUGAAGUUUUAAGCGCGUUGAUUGUUCAAGUCAAGGACGAGAUUGAUGCCGCUGGUCAUCAACUAGUAACUGCGCGACUACGUCGUGCUGGCAUGUGGGAGAUACAGAAGGAAUGGGAAACAGCUCGCGAGAUUUAUCAAUCGGAGACGAUACCGUACUUGCUGGAAUUGAUUAAGGUGACCGAGGAGCGUUUGGCGGAAGCGAGGGCAGCAGAAGAGCAAGCUGAAAAGGAAGCGGAUGCCACUACGCAUGAUGGCAAGAACCAAGACGCUGUCGCUCAUGCACGUUCGGGUGAUGAUUAUCGUAUCCAGCCGCUUUUGCAGAGGAAAUCAAAACAUCUAUCAUCUCUACAUCGAUGUUACUUUUUCCUUGCUGGUAUCUUUCAUGAAUUGAAGCAAGAGGAGCAAGAAAUCGAAUAUUAUGACAAGGCUGCCAACGUGAGACGCGAGAUCUUGAGUCGCGCAGAAGAGAAGGUCAAUUCAUCCAAAAAAGACAUCAUGAAGCCUUUAAAGCCAAUUCAUCUUCGAGUUGGUGCCAGCCCACAGAAGGAGACCAUACGCUUCUCGUUUGAUUUGCUGGAUCGGAUAAACACGGUUGCAGAAGCACUCGACGAACAAGUACCCCAUCUAGAAAAAUGCCGUGCCGAAUUACAGCAAUUACUCUGUUCCAAUCUUGUUGACUAUGGGGAAGGUGAAGAAGCCACAGGCGAUGAAUACGAGCAGUCUCUUCUUGUACAAGAGAAAAUCGACAUCUAUCAAAGCGUGUAUCAAGCAAUGCUGAGUGAUCGUAAUUUCUGGAUCAACGGUGUAUGGGUCUCUGGAUUACGAUCAGAUAUGGAUGAGCAGCAAGAAGAAGCCAAAAAGGCAUUGGAUGACAACGCUCAGGAGGAAAGUGAUGACGCCGCGGAUGUUCGCAAGCUCAAAGCUGAGAUGUGGGAUACAAGAGCGACCUUUGCGCCACGUUUUCAAGGGUCUGACAAUUUUCGUCUGAUCAUUUCGCGUCUAAAAGACAUUGCAUCCAACCCUGAUAUCCAUGAAGCAGAAAGGCACAUUAUCACAACCGAGAUGGGCAGACUCAAUGCUGCGGUAUCCAAGCAACGGGAGAUGCAAGAGCGCCUAGAAAUGGAAUACCGGCGGUUUACAACAAUUUACAAUCAUCGUGUGGAAUAUUAUCGAUCACUUCAGAGUAUUUCCGAUGAAGUAGUUGCUUGGACAAGCGAUGAUCCUCAGGGAGAGAUACAGCGACUUACCGAAAGUGAAAAACGCUACGACAAGCUGGCCAAGGAGAAAUCGGCUCGAUGCCGUUAUUUGGAGAACAUUGCCAAAGAGAAAGAGCAAGAAGAAGGACCAAGGAAGUGCUUAAUAUGUAUGGGCGAGUUCACAAAAGGUUUAAUGACAUUUUGUGGUCACAUGUAUUGCAAGGAAUGUGCAAACCUAUGGUUCAGAGGUCAUCGACGAUGCCCCCAAUGCAACAAGCCGGUUGUGCUGCAAGAAUGCUACCAGAUAGCAUGGGAUAAAGGAGAAGAGAAACAAGUGGAAAGCUCCAGUCAUCAAAGCAAUGAUGUGCCUAUAUCAUAUGAACUACUCCAGCGUAUUAACCAAGUUGAAGCGAUCGGAGGACUCGGUGCAAAACUUGACAGCAUUGUGAGGCAUAUCAAGUAUAUCGUCAACACCACUGGAGGCAAAUCGGUAGUCUUUUCCCAAUGGAAAGAUGUGUUGGAUCUUUUGGCUGGAGGGUUGAAAAGGAACAAUAUUGGCUGUAUUCAACUUGACAGUGUUGUUCGAGAUGAUCGUAUCAAGCAGUUCAGAGAAGAUGUGGACACCCAUGUGAUCUUAUUGCAUGCCCGAAGUCAAUCAAGCGGGCUUACGCUUGUCGCCGCGCAUACUGUUUUCAUUGUGGAGCCGGUGUUGAAUGAGUCACUGGAAAAGCAAGCCAUUAGUCGUGUUCAUCGAAUCGGCCAAACUGAAGAGACAACGGUGUAUUGGUACAUUGUACAAGACACCAUUGAAGAACGUAUACACGCUAUUCAGAUGGCCCAUCGACAACGCAGGAUGGCUUUGGAACAAGGCAAUAGCAUGGAUGACGAUGAGGACACGGUUUCAGGAAAUCCUGUUGCACUCGCAAGUCGUUCAGAAGGUGGUGGAGAGCGGGUAUCGGAUGAGGAUUUACAACGAUGCUUUACAUCUAACGAAGGCUGGGCGCUUAGUCUUUAA